ACCCGACAUGGGCCCCGGUCAAAGAGCUGGCGCCGCCCGCGUCGCAGUUGCGGGCGAGAAUCAGCUCGUGCACUUUCGACUAUCCGUCUCACCGACCACAAUCGAUGGCCCGUUUCCGAGCGAACUUGAUGGAGACUCCGUAGGCCUCUUCGCGCAGCUGACAUGUCCUCUACCGAUGGCUCUCACCUAGCUGGCAAGCCCAAAAGACGGCAGAACCGGAGUUGCGAUCAGUGUCGCACGGGCAAGCGACGAUGCGACGUGCAGCCUGAUACGCGAGAUCUUUCCACUUUUUCGGCCUGCUCAAACUGCAAGAAGUGGAAGAAGGAAUGUACCAUUGAAUGGCUAAAGUCGCGCGAAGAUCGUCGUCAACGAACGCACCAGGAUGGACAAAGCCGCCUGUCACCGGCUGAUCAAGAUGAAGGCGUUUUUCUCUCUAUCCCUCCGUCCAACCCAUGGAUGGGCAAAGGCCCUCCUUCACAGGCUUCGGACUCUUCAUUCGGAGUGGAUGUAAGCGGUGUACCUCCAAGCGUCUCCACUGCGUCGCGACAACCCUCAUGGACCGCUUCGACUGGCAGCAUGCGUAAUGCGUCGACGCAUUUACCGCCCAAGCCAUUUCCCGUACAGCAUAAUGUGGGCAUGCCAUAUCAGUGGCCGUUUGCCGGGACAGCUUCCCAAGUCAUGGAGCUCGAUGAGAUUUCAGGCUACCCCAACAUCAGCCCGGUACCGUCAGCAUUGUUCUCAGAUGGCAACAUGCCGCAGCGGAGCAAGCCUCGCGACUCGUUCAGCGUUGCGUCCGAAUCCUACUUGGCCGAUGAUGACAGAAAUGAGGCACAAUCGGUCACGUCCUCCAGAGAUUGGCACUUCCCUGGCGUCGUCCGAGAUGCGACGAAGGUUGGACAAAAGAGAAGAAGAGCAGAUACGGUGGAGGAGCUGGAUUCCACAACCGAGCUCACGUCAAACACGGACCUCACAUUCGAGACUCCUUCCUGGAGCUUCGCAAAGGGGUUUGUACGACCUCAAUCACCUUUCGCGUCGCAUUUUCUUUCGGAGGAUUUCAAUCGAGUGCAGGUCAAAUCAGGGUUGUUGAAAGUGUACCACGAUUCGUUCGAAGGCGCGUUGAGCUGCUGGCUCACCGAAAGGAACUGUCCUUAUAGCAUUUCUUCGUUUCGGGAUCAGAACGUAUGGAGUCGGUCAUGGGCCAACAGAAUCUUCGCCAGAACUGCUGCCUUGGACGAUACAUAUGCUGCAGCGGGUGUCCUAUCAGCCCGAGAUCAGAGACAAGCGUCGAAAGUUCUGAACGCUGUCGUAAUGGCUUUCGCUGCUCAAUGGAGCCGACCGGAGCGGCACAAGCCUGCAAAGCAGCCUGGACCGUUCUCGCCUGACCAGCUGUUCGAAGAGAUCAGCGAACAAAAUGGGAAUGGAAAUGGCAAUGUCCCUGGUCCAGCACCGACAGCAAAUUUUGGUCGCAAUGUCCAGAAAACACUGUGGCAUAAGGCAAAAGCAGCCCUGAACGAAGCCUCCGAGAACAUGUCUUUCAAAGUCAUAUUCGCUGGAAUCAUCUUUGCCCUGACUCAGCGACCUGUUGAGACCGUUGGAAUCAAUUCAAGCACAGAAAGUGCUGAAGACAAACUCUCAGCACUCUUCAAUUUGCUCGACAUCGACGGGCCGACACUGUCCUUGGACGCUGCGCUGCGAAAGCUACACGAUCACAGACGACAUUUGCGGCAAGCAAAGUUCGUGGCGCACGCAGCACGGAAAGCACCAACCCACUUGUCUACUGAGGAACAGGAGACGUUCAAUCUGCUUUACUGGAUGGCAGUCAUGUUCGACUCUCUUUCCGCAGUCAUGAACAAGAGAUCGUUCACGAUUGAUGAUGCAGAGACACGGAUCAGUCGCGAGAACUUACAACCCGUUCAGCCACCAUCCCAUGUAUUCUCUGACUCUCAGGACGAGAUGGCUGCGCAGCUAAUGGAUGACACCAAUCUAUGGGGAAGCUUCUUCAUGCGCGAACAGUCACAUAUUGGAGAUCUUCGAAAACAGUCAACUCGCUGGCCAUGCUCCUAUAUCGAUGCUGCUGCAUGUUUGGCAGAUGCCGCGCCAGUAAAGGUGCUUCUGUACCGUCGCGUCGGACAUCUUCAAGGCCUCUUCUACCAGGAGGCGAACCCAGAGGAAGUGGAGAGGGGUCUGGAGUCUGUGCUUGAGGUGUACAAUCAUUGGUCUGCCAGUUAUGGCUUGUUCAUCAGCGAUUGCAUCAAACACCACGAAACUCUCCCGGUCCGAAUCCAGUCUUGGUACACGCUUUUAGCGGCACAUUGGAACCUCGCUGUUCUGAUAUUCGCGGACCUCAUCGAGACUCUGACACAUGCGGGGAUGACAAUGUCAUGCAAUACCGAGCUCCGGCAAUCCAUGAAUCUCAGCGCCUCGAUAAGGCAACACGCUGUUGUUGAAAUCUCUGACUUGGGGUUCCACGCCCGGCAUACCAGUGAGCCUACCGCAUUUGCACAGUCUCCCGACUUCCAUCACGCGGUGAAUGAAGCAGCUCUGCUCACAGAACCUUGGACAGUGGUUCUCAUCCGAGCGUUUGGUUUCGCCGGGGCGAUACUGGCGAAACGUGUCAAGGCAGAGGGCAGCAAAGGCGAGAUUUGUGUCGAGGUGCCGUCAGAAUCCAGGAGGCGGCUGCAGUGGUGUGUUGAUGCUCUGGCGCUAUUGGGAAGAAAGAGUGAUAUGGCAAUGUGCGCGGCCGAUGUUCUGAGAAAAGCCACGAGCUAACGCUAGUAAGGGGGCGCGUCGAUGAGAAAAGCGCGCAGUGUGUGGAAGAGGUAUAGACAAAAUUUGUGUCAGACUGGCCCCGAACACUCAUUGAUCUCACCAAACCUUUUCGGUGCUGCCGAAAGGAGCUGAGCUUCGACGGCUGCGAAAGUGAGUGCGGAUGCUGCACAGGCGAUGUCUCUAGAUCUGGGGUCGUCCCACCACACAACUUCGUAGUCGCGAGAAGGUCAUCACCGAGC